AUGGGCGCCGCCGGCUCUUCCGCGCUGGCCCGCCUGGGCCUCUCCGCGCCGCAGCCCCGGCCCCGCUGCCUCGGGGUCGCCGCGCUGGGACUGGCCGCGGUGGCGCUGGGGGCCGUGGCCUGGCGCCGCGCGCGGCCCAGGCGGCGCCGGCGACUGCAACAGGUGGGCACCGUGGCAGAGCUCUGGAUCUACCCCGUCAAGUCCUGCAAGGGGGUGUCGGUGAAGGCGGCGCAGUGCACGGCCCUGGGGCUGCGCAGUGGUCACCUGCGGGACAGGUUUUGGCUGGUGAUUAAGGAAGAUGGACACAUGGUGACUGCCCGGCAGGAGCCUCGCCUUGUGCUGGUCUCCACUACCUGUGAGGAUGAUUGCCUUAUCCUCAGGGCACCAGGCAUGGACCAGCUGGUUUUGCCGAGCAAGCCACAUUCUUCAAACAAGAUCCAUGACUGCAGGGUGUUUGGUCUUGAUAUCCAGGGCAGGGACUGUGGUGAUGAGGCUGCUCAGUGGUUCACCAACUUCUUGAAAACAGAAGCUUUCAGGCUGGUUCAGUUUGAAAAGAACAUGAAGGGAAGACCAUCAAGCAAAAUUUUCCCUUCUGUCGUCCAGAAUUACCAGGUGGCCUACCCGGACUGCAGCCCCAUCAUGAUCCUCUCAGAAGCCUCCCUGGCAGAUCUGAAUACCAGGCUGGAGAAGAAAGUGAAAAUGGACAAUUUCAGGCCAAAUAUCGUGGUGGCAGGCAGCAAUGCUUUUGAGGAGGACACCUGGGGUGAGCUCUUCAUUGGCGACGUAGAAAUGAAAAAGGUUUUGGCUUGUCCCAGGUGCAUUAUGACCACAGUGGACCCAGAUACUGGAGUGAUGAGCAGGGAGGAGCCGCUGGAAACCCUGAAAAGCUACCGCCUGUGUGAUCCUUCCGAGAAGCCCAUUUACCAGUCAUGCCCACUUUUUGGGAUCUAUUAUUCGGUGGAAAAAAUUGGAAGCCUGAAAGUUGGUGACCCCGUGUACCAGAUGGUACAGUGA